CGCGUCAGUCGGAACUCAGCGAGCGGGAAGGUGAUGUCGCGCGCGGAGGGGAACGCCACCAUGAUGGGUUGACUGUGGGCCUGGGGGGGGGACGGACGGACGGAGGGAGGGAGGCGGUCGGACGCUCCGUCGGAAAGAGGAAGUGUGUGUGUGUGUGUGUGUGUGUGUACACGCGCGUGCGUGCGUGUGUGUAUUCCACGCCACGGCCGCCGCCGCCGCCGCCACGCGCGCAGACAUGGAGACCAACAAAGUUCUUCAUUUCGUGCCGUUGGAGGUACCUCCCUGUGGCAUGUCCAAGAAUGGAUACUUCUUUCAGGAAAUGGAGCAGAGGGAGGGCGAGCCGGAUGGGGAACAGGAGGGCCCAGAAGAGGUCCAGGACUCGCCCAUCACCUCUGCGGAUGACGUCCAUCUUUACGACAACCAGGUCACCCCUGGAUCAGAGAGCGACGACUCCGGCUGCGUGCUGCUCAACACGUCCAGGAGGUACGUGAAGCUGAUGAACUUCGAGGAGGAAAUCCGCGCCCACCGAGACCUUGACGGCUUCCUGGCUCGGGCCAGCAUCCUAUUGGACGAGACGGCGGCGUCGCUGGACGACGUCCUCAAGAGAAUGCUGAGACACGUCGGACAGGACGACAACGCCCCGGAGCCGGGGUGCAACUUUGAGGAGAUCAUGAGCUUGCUCUUCACCGACGCCGGCGCACAGGAAGUCAACGACAUGUCUCACAGUUUUGUUUUCUUUGAUGACGUUCACCUUCUGUCCGAGACCAUCCAGGGCGUGACGGCCACGGACACGGGAGUUCACUACCAGCAGUCGUGGCUCUGCAUACUGUGCAACCUGAAGAACCUGCAGCGCCGCCACGUGUGCAUCUCGCGGCUGGAGAGGCCUCAGAACUGGGGGGAGAACUGCUGCGAGGUCCGUUACGUCAUCCUGGUCCUGGCGCCGCUCAAGAUGAAGAGCACCAAGACGGCGAUGGAAUUGGGCAGGACCUUCGCCACGCUCUUCUCGGACAUCUCCUUCCGCCAGAAGCUUCUGGAGACCAAAACGCAGGAGGAGUUCAAGGAGGCUCUGGUGUUCCAGCGCCACCAGCUGACGGCGGCCAACCAGCAGCCCACCGCCCUGGGCAAGGAGGAGACCGACCCCCGCAGACACAAGCCCCUCAAGUGUACAGACUUCUUCCUCGCCGGCCGUGGGAUUUACGAGGACCUGCGUCGCCGCCUUCCUCUCUACGCCUCCGACUUCACAGAUGGCAUCGUGGGUAACAACAAGACCCUGUUGAAGUACAUGACCACGGCCAUCUUCCUGUACAUCGCCAUCCUGCUGCCCGCCAUUGCGCUCGGCUCGCUCAACGACGAGAGCACGCGCGGCGAGAUCGACGUGAGGAAGGCCAUCAUCGGGCAGUCCAUCGGUGGCGUCAUCUACUCGCUGUUUGCCGGUUCGCCUCUGGUCAUCCCGCUCACCACCGCCCCCCUGGCCAUCUUCAUAAGCGUCAUCCGCGGUAUCUGUGAUGACUACCAGCUGGACUUCCCAGCCUUCUACGCCUGCAUCGGGCUGUGGAACUGCCUCUUCCUCAUCCUGGGGGGGGUCUUCAAUCUCAGUCUGGUCAUGAAACUCUUCAAAAGGUCGACGGAGGAGGUGAUCGCUCUGUUCAUCUCGAUCGCCUUUGUCGUGGACGCCGUCAAAGGAACGGUGAAAAUCUUCCAAAGGUACUACCACCCGCCCACGCUGGGCAACGCCAGUGCGGCGGACGUGUCGCACCGCGUCGCCGGGGCGGGGGUCAACGGGAGCGACUCGGGCGUGGCCUCGGUGCUGCAGGCCCUGCCCGACUCGCUGAUCGACUGCACGCGCGAACGGCCCGUCCUCUGCCUGCUGCUCAUGAUGGGAACGCUGUGGAUGGGCUACACGCUCUACCAGUUCAAGAGGAGUCCGUUCCUGCACGCCAAAGUGAGGGAGGUGUUGUCCGACUGCGCGCUGCCCAUCUCGGUUCUUCUCUUCUCCUUCAUCGGAUCGUACCUGUUUAGCGACAUUGAGCUUCCGGUGUUUAAAGUCCACAACAAGCCAACGUUCAGCGUGGCGCCAUUGGAGCGUCUGACGGCCUUGAACGUGCUGAGCGCCAUGGGCCUCGGCUUCCUGCUGGCUCUGCUCAUCUUCAUCGACCAGAACAUCGUCGUCUCGCUCACCAACGCGCCCGAGAACAGGCUGCUGAAGGGCACGGCGUACCACUGGGACCUGAUGCUGUCAGGCCUGAUCAACAUCCUGAUGUCGGUUCUGGGGCUGCCCUGGAUGCACGCCGCCUUCCCGCACUCCACGCUGCACGUGCGCCAGCUUGCCUUCGUGGAGCAACGCGUGGAGGGGGGACACCUCUACGAGACUAUCGUGCAGGUGAAGGAGACGCGCGUGACGUCGCUGGCCGCCAACGUUUUCAUCGGCGCUUCGGUCUUCCUGCUGCCGCUGCCGCUGCAGUGGAUCCCCAAGCCGGUCCUCUACGGCCUCUUCCUCUACAUGGCGCUCACCUCCAUCGACGGCAACCAGAUGUGCGACCGCAUGGCCCUGCUGCUCAAGGAGCAGACGUCGUACCCGCCCACCCACUACAUCCGCAAAGUGCCCCAGAGGAAGAUCCACUACUUCACCUUCCUGCAGAUGAUGCAGCUGCUGGUGCUGUGCACGUUUGGCAUGUACCCCGUCCCCUACAUGAAGAUGAUCUUCCCCUUGGUUAUGAUCCUGCUCAUCCCCAUCAGGAACAGGGUGCUUCCGCACAUCAUUGAGGCCAAAUACUUGGACAUCAUGGAUGCCCAACAUAUGUAGCUGCAGAGGGCGCAAACGGCGCCAGAUGCAACCCAAGAGACCUGCCGCAAAAGGGCGAGGAAAAAGUGAUCUUUGAUUUUUUUUAUUUUUUUUUAAACGCCAAUCUGUGCAAAGGCGAAAAAGGAAGUCCAGCAGCGACUGUUGCCAAAGUGGGAACAUUCCAACAGGGCGGCAAAGUCGCCCGAGGAGCAAUUCCAGAACUCCUCCAUUUUACCGCAGUUGUCGUCCUUGUGUUUGCCUCCAGUACUCGGAACUAUGGCGCAACGGCACAGCCCCCUUUUUUCCCCCCCACACCUGCGUGUUUUUCCACCGUGCUGGUGCUGGUGGUGUUUGGUCCACGUGACGUAUACUUACACUCUGUUGAUGAGUAGUUGAAGACUAGAUCCAAAAGGUAGCAUGGCGUUUUUGGGGGGGGUUACUUUUUCUCCUCUUUCAGGCAUUCCCAUUCGUGUACCAUGCAGGAGGCGGGGCUUGUCUGGCCAUGAUGAUGUCCUUGCCACGCCCACACCUUUGUCCCUAAUAGUACAAAGACGGUCCCACCUUCCUCAAAAGCUGCAGUUGCAAUCGCCAAUACUUGACGAGACUCUCGUGACAGGCAAACCUAUGAUGACAUUUGACAGCAUUUUCUGAACCGCUUCAUCCCCAGGAGGGUCGCACGUGCCAGAGCUUAAUCCAGCUGUCAUUCGUUCCAUUUGAAACAAAACAAAACUGGUAGAAAAUGUCUUCCUGGCCCACCGUUAACCACAAUCCUAAGCCCUCCCCCGUCCUGUCUCCAUCCCCUGACCCAGGGGUCUCAAAGUCGGAUCCUGGGUCCAGCCUGUUUUCGAUGUCUCUCUUCUCCAACGUAGCUGAUUCAAAUGAUCAGCAAGUUCUGAUUGGGCCUGAUCCCGUUCCUGAUCAUUUCAAUCAAGUGUGUUGCAGGGGAAACCUCUAAAACAGGGGUGUCAAACACUUUCUUUGUCACGGCCCACAUUGUAGUUACUGUUUCCCUUGGAGGGCCGCCAUGACUGGGAAUCACAUAAAGAAGUCAAGAAGCUUCUUUUUUUUCUCCCCAAAUAUUUAAGUUACUGUCAUGAGGGUUUUGGUAACCAAAAAGUGCUUCCAAUGUCUCUGUUAUUUAUGACAUAUGAGAAUUCGACGGAUUUUAGGAAGCGUCAUGGAAGGUAUUUGGCUUAAGCGGGCCAGAUAAAUUGAUGUGGCGGGCCCGGUUUGGCCCCCGGGCCUCGAGUUUGACACCUGUGCUAUAAAACAUGCAGGAAAGUGGCCGUCGAGGGCCAGAGUUUGCGACCCCAUCUUCUCCUGUCCUGAAUCCAUGAGCCUAACUGCUAACCCCUCCUCCUCCCUGUCCUGUUGCCCCAAUAACCUGUCCUGUCCCUGACACACAACACUCCCCCUAAAGCCCCGCUAUGCCACUGCCACAAUCCUUCUGGUACGACCCCUAACCUGUCCCAAAGCCCUAUCCAGAACGUUUCCUAUUUCUGUCCUAUGAUUAACCAGAAUCCUUAAAACUGUCCUGUCCCUUAUUGCUCAGCCUAACCCCCGGCAGCAACCCUUCCAGUACUCCUACCCCAAACACUUUUAGUCCCCAACUCUCCUUGUUGUGUCCUGUCCCAAAUCUUAUCCUGGUCCGCGGCCCCAAAAUUCCGAAAGCCAACCUCAUCCCAACGCUUGUAAUGACAACCCUAAUUGGACUCCCAAGCCCCCCCUAGUCCUGUCCCUGAGCCAAACACUCACCGGACGUUUCAUGGGUAAUGGAAAUCAAAACAAAUAUAGACGAUAGGAUAUAUAAAUUGUCAGAUUAUUUAGAAUGGCAGCACAAACCAAAAUGACAAUUCUCAAGAUAUUUUUACAUUGGAAAAAAAAAAUAGCUUUGAAUAUUUAUUUAUCUUAUCAUUACUUUGAAGGAAAUGCCUACGUUGCGUGCUUUGCGUCACUUUCUCAUUUCUUGUGUUGGGAAUGUUUGUCUAGCGCUUUUGGCUUCAUAUGUUUACAUGUAGGAAAACAUGGGCACCAUCCCGAGCCCACUGUCGUUCUGGAAAGUGACAUGAAAAGCAUUCGAAUGCAUCCCUGCAAGGUAUAACGUCACGUAAUAGCCCUCAAUUUUGGAUUCGACACGUUGUUUGCUAGCUAGAGUUUCAGAUUUUUUGUACGCAGCUUAAUUUUUCCCACAACCCGUUGCCAAUUCACAGACGGUCCUCGAAUGCAACACGUGACGAUUCAGCAAUACUGUGUAUAAAAAAAGAGAAAAAAAGCUCAGCGAGCUCUAUUUUUGAAGAUGAA